AAGCUUCUUCUAUUCCGUCUACAACCAUUUGAACCAUUUGAGCUUAUUAAUAGGACAUUGGAUCAGCGGAAAAUUCUGUUUUGCGUUACUUCAAUGGUUCUAAAGGUUUAUAUCAGCACUCUUUCUGGAAACCUUAAGGUCAAAAAAGAACAGGCACUCAUUCUGUCACUGCUUAAUGCCAAAAAGGUUGACUUUAAGGAAGUUGACCUCUCUGACGUUUCCAACGAACCUGAGAAAUGUUCAUUAUUUGAGGAGCUGAAGAAAAAAGAUAAACCUUUGGUUCCACCACAUAUUUUCCUUGACGAGGAAUAUCUUGGAGGCUAUGAGGAAUUUUACGAGGCCUUGGAAAUGGAAGAACUGGAAUCUUUUUUAAAAUUGCCUGGAGAAAAACCUAAGCCGUUCUCAGCAUUAAUGGGUAGCAGCGCCAGUGAGGUCGAGAGUGAGGAGGAGGACGAAGAGAAGGAUAAGGAGUCUUCGGGCAAUGAAGAUAAGUCCGAUAUUUCUAAGGAGGAAGAAAAGAGUGAAGCUGAUGAAGAUAGGAACAAAGAUCAGAAAGAGAGAGAAAAGCUUUCAGAUGAAAGUCUUGAGGAGAAAGUUGGUGCAAAUGGAGACAGUUCCUCAGAACACCAGAGAAAAACUUCUGAAGAUGAAGAUUCAGGGAAUGAGGAAGAAGAAAAAAUAAAUCCCUCAUCGGUCAAGGAUGUUGAGGGCGAAGCAAAGCCUUCGAAGGACUCUGAUGAAAGUUCGGAAGACUCGUCUGGAGAAUCCGAAGCCAAAAAAUCCAAGACAGAGUCGGAUAGUGAUUCAUCAAAACGUUCAGUUUCUAGUGCUCGAAAGGAUUCUGAAAGCUCAUCAUCUGGAGAAUCUGAGGCCAAGAAGUCGAAGACAGACUCAAACGGCAGUUCACCAAAGCCCUCUCCACCAGAUUCUCGAAAAACAUCUGUUGGUUCUAAAGCCAAGAAUUCAGAAGUGAAAUCUGACAGUGACUCAUCAUCAAGUCACUUAGAGCAGCCUGCAGAAAAGUCUAUGGAGAUUAGAAAGGAGAACACAACGGAGUCGGAAGACUCAAGCGCAAAUGAGUCUGAAUCAUCUUCGGACUCUGAGUGAACUUCAAUGACAUUAUUCUUGUGAUCCAUUCAAUAGUUUAUCGCUAACUGGUAUAUUUAAUAUAAUGCUAUGUAAUCAUUCUUAUCGCAUAUCAAAGUCACUUAGGAUUUAAUUACGAGAAUUUAUUUUACAAACAUGUCGGGAUAGUCCAUUCCUCACGAUUUAUUCUGGACGUUAUUUGGUCCAAACGACUUGGUUUGACAAGCUAAUAUGGAAAGAGACCACGGAAUAAUUAUGAACCACAACUAUGUCGGAAAGUCCGAUGUCAUGUUUUGUUUAACACAUCCAUUCGAUAGAUGAGUAAAAACUACUGUUCUCACCUGGUAUAAUGAUGUACCACAUUAACUAUUUACUGUUAGGAUUCUGAUCAACAAAUGUUCCUUCGAAUUCAACGAACAGAACGAGUAGGUAAAACUAAUAAAGAUCAACUUAAUUUGCUGAAAUGUCUUGAACUGUAAUUGGGAACGAAUACGUUGAUACUUCGAAUUUUAGAAACAUGACACUACCUUAGACAGAAGUCACUAUAAGCUGAUGCUAUAUGAUUUUCAUCUCUGAAUGUUUUAGUAAUCACAGUGAACUGGUAUUCACGUCAAGCAUUCCAGGGCACUAACUGUCUUAUUGUCAAGAGUUUCGGUAUAAAGGGUAGCUCUUUAAAAUCUCAUGGUAUAUUCAUUUACUCGUAAUCUACAUAUAUAAUUUAACUAUCAUUACUGUAUUUUGUCAAGAUAGUUCCGAUAAGUAUGGCGAACAAUUAUCAUGUAAAGACUAGAACGAAACGACCGAAUUAUAUGUAAGGGCCCCUUUUUGGUGUUCUAAUUGUCGGAUGCUCACUUACACGGAAAGCAAUAUUUUGAUAUGUUGAGUUUUGAAGUUCAGUAUUUUCAGGGGACAAUUUAUUACCGUAAUCUUUUUUAAUUAAAUUAUUUCGUCAUUUAGUACCACCUGAAUUUACCGCACUGAAGUAUGCUUAUCGUCCUUGGAAACCGCAUUAUUCUUCCCACAAUCCGUCCAUAGGUAAUUCGAAAUUUCAGAAUAUAUGUAUUAUCUCCGAUAUUGAGGUUUAUAGGAUGAUUCAGAACCCAUCCAUUCUUUAUCUUUCUCUAGAUUUUUGGCUUGAGUACCAUUCCAUACUUUCAAUGCAUUCCUGUACAGGCCAUAUUUUCCAAUGGUUAGUCUCCUUCUAUGAUUAGUGUUUUAAACAUUUCAACCCCCUUCUCUUCUUUUCAACUUCACCUAACUUCUGAUUUGGAGUAUCAUCUUGUCCUGAUGCCCAUAUCUAGAUCCUACGUUGGUUGGAAUGUUUGAAAUACCAGAAAACUGUAGUGUCCUACUGUAAAAACCAUUAGAAGUCUAAAUUCAGCCGUAUGGUCUUCCAGACUAACCAUUGCUGCAUGCAUUUUUAAUAACUUACUUAUAGACCUUCUACUUCACUGUAUGAUGAGUACAACAAUUCUGGCAGAAAAUCUUCCGGCUGAUGCAAGUUAUCUAGACUAAUAUAAACAUAAAUAUAGAUGAAAGUAGACCACAAUGAAGGGAUGUUUUCAUAGGACUAACAAUGUAUAACGUUUACGUAUUACAACGUGAAACUCAGGCUCAUCAUUUCUCUUCGGUAAAAUCAUGAACACUCGACAUAUUAAUCGAUCAUCACUUAUAAACUAAUGACUUGUCAGAUAGAGCAAAGGGUACUUACUGCCAUAGGAGUCUCUAAUUAGGACAAGAUGACUCUGCUAGUAACUGCAUGUGAAUCAAGCGGCUGCGCAUAUAUUGACUACUUGGACGUAUAUUUGUGUGCCCAAAUGCCCUGGUACGGCCGAG